AUGGGUAAAACUUGGAGAUACAUGGUUUCUGACUCACAAUAUAGAUGGAUUGGACCUGAGAAGGGAGUUACUCAUCUGGGCAUGGCCGGAGUCAUGAAUGCGGUUUGGGAUCUUUGGGCGAAGACAUUGGGUAUCCCAGUUUGGCGAGUUGUUGCCAAUAUGACCCCUGAAGAAUUCGUCAGAUGUAUUGAUUUCAGGUAUAUCACAGACGUACUUACACCUGAAGAGGCUGUUAAUAUUCUUAAGGAUGUGGAAGCUACCAAAGCCGAGCGAAUUCAAGAGGCAUUGGAAAAUCAGUCGGUUCCUGCAUACACCACGUCUGCAGGAUGGCUAGCUUUUGAUGGUGAUAAAAUGAAAAAGGUAUUAAAGGAGACAAUUGAUCAAGGAUUCACUAUUUUCAAGUUCAAGGUGGGUUCUAAUUUGGAGUCUGACAAAGCACGUCUGAAGGCAGUGCGUGAUAUUAUAGGCUACUCUGACAAGUAUCAAAUCAUGAUUGAUGCCAACCAAGUCUGGAGUGUACCUGAAGCUAUUGAAUGGAUGGGCCACCUUGUAAAGUAUAAACCUGUCUUUAUUGAAGAACCAACUUCUCCUGAUGAUAUCUUGGGUCAUGCUGCCAUUAGAAAGGCACUGGCGCCAUACGGUGUCGGUGUAGCCACUGGAGAAAUGGCACAAAACAGAGUUACAUUUAAGCAGCUUUUCCAGGCCGAAGCAACGGAUGUUGCUCAGAUUGAUGCUGUGAGACUGGGAAGCGUUAAUGAAUGUAUGGCUGUAAUGCUAAUGGCGAGAAAGUUUGGUGUACCAACUGUCCCCCACAAUGGAGCUAUGGGUCUCACAGAAUUGACUGCUCAUCUUGCGAAUAUUGAUUACAUUUGCGUAUCUGCGAAGAAGUCAAUGCUAGAAAAUGCGGACAGUUAUAGUGAAAACCUUAUGCAUCCAUCGGUUAUCAAGAACGCUUACUAUGUUACGCCAGUCCAGCCAGGCUAUUCUGUUGGCUACAAGCCUGGGGUGUUAGAGAAGUAUGUAUACCCAAACGGCAAGUUUUGGACUUCUUCUAUUGGUGAGAAGAUCAAGAACGCCCCUAAAGGUGGGGAGGGUCUAAUUUAG